AAACUUCAACCAACACCCACCAAAUAAUAACUCAUUAGUCUAAGCUUCUCAGAAUUUGUUUGGUAACGUUCUUGCAUUUAAAUUAUUACAUUUUCACGUCCAUUUUGGCACUCCCACGUGUCGCUACAGCUGGUGGGCAACUGGGCGUACCGUUUUUAUUUGAUCAAUGCCAUCAAGCCACAAGCUACUUACAUCAAUGACAAUUACUAUCUCCACAGGUCCAACUUGAUUGGCCAAAGAGAUUCCAAAUAGGUGUAUGAUUGUCUAAUCAUUCCAUAACCAUAAAAGGAAACAGGCAAGCUGUGAGGUGAAGAAAAGUGAUGUGAAUAAGGUAGAAGAAUAGAGGUGUUCUUCAAGCUCUGAUGGAAUAAUUCAUCACUUCACAAGUUAUCUUUUUUCAUUUGAGAUCUUUCAAUAUUGUAUGGACAAGUUCAAACAAAAAUCGCCAGAGUUGCAAUUUGAUCGACACGACACGAAGAGAAAUCUAAUGAGGUCUAUUGUUCAUUCUACUUACAUGGUAGCUCAAACAGAAUCAGAAAGAACUUUUUCCAUUAGCUUCUGAAGAGGGCUUCUCCAUUACCCCAGAAAUGUUGUCACGCAUCAGGUCCAAGACUCGGAAGAAGAGAACAAUUAUCUUUGGCCUAAAAUCUGACAAUGGAAGCAGAGAUAUUCUUCUUUGGUUGCUUACGACCAUCAUCAAUCCGGGAGAUAACGUUCUGGCUGUUCAUGUUCGGGAGCCAAAUGAUAGUUUCAAUCCAAAUAGUUUCCACAUCCAUGAAGAUAUUUGCAAAUCCAAGCAGGUUGAUCUACAGGUUAAGGUAUCUGAAGCCGAUUCUUAUAUUUCGAACUUAACCCGUCAAGUACGAGAGAACUAUGCUACUAUUUUGGUACUAGGAUGUAGCCUUUCAAGACCUGAUUACUCGGUUUUCAGUUCCUGCCUGAAAGGCUUGCCCCCCACUUGCACUCUUAUGGUUAUGGAUAAUCUAGGCAGAAUUCUACUUCAAAAGCAGGGAACUUCUCAACAAGGUUCUGAAAAAGCGCUUUUACAAUCUUCUCAAUCCUCAGUUUCCAAGUAUGCUGCAGGUUAUCAACAAGCUAAUUCCUGUCACCUACAGAAGUCUUUGACCCUACCCUCUUCUUUACCUUCAUCAUCACGACAAGCAAGUGAAAAACAAGAAAUCUCCCUAGCCAACAAGAAAGCACGGCCAUUUCCCGGCUUUGCAUCCAGUGAACCGUUUCCUAGAUUAGCACUGCAGGAUUCAAGAGGUACCAGCAGGGAGUUUACAUCGGAGCAGCUCAACCGUGCAACUAACAAUUUCAAUCCUGUAAUGGUGAUUGGUGAAGGUGGACAUAGCAAAGUGUAUAGAGCCAACCUUGAAGAUGGGCAAGCAGCAGCAGUGAAAGUUCUGAGCUCACAUUCUUCAUCGCACGAUCUUGUCCAGGAAGUCGAAAUCUUUUCUGAAAUAAAACAUGAGAACAUAGUCCAGAUUAUUGGGUUUUGUAAUGAUAGAAACAUGAAGGCAAUUGUAUACAGUCUUCUAAAAGGAAGCCUAAAGCAGUACUUAAGAAAACGGAAGUGGAGGGAGAGGGUGGGGAUUGCAAUUGGGGUAGCAAAAGCACUAACCUACCUUCAUCAUUCUUGCAACCCUCCAAUCAUACACAGAGAUGUAAAAUCAUCCAACAUCCUCCUCUUUGACAACUUCCAACCACAAUUAGCAGAUUUUGGAGAGGCAACAGUGCUCAGACAGUCUCAAAACGCAGAAUCCAACAUAAAUCCAUAUAACGUUGUUGGGACAUUUGGAUACUUGGCCCCAGAAUACAUCAUGUAUGGAAAAGUUGAUGAGAAGAUAGAUGUCUACUCCUAUGGGGUUGUACUUCUAGAACUCAUCACAGGCAAGGAGGCAAUUCAAACAGAUCAGAACAGUCAUGGAAGCUUAGUACUUCGGGCAAGGUCCCUACUCGGCUUCGGCCUAGGAGAUCGCCUAAUCGAUCCCAAUCUGAAGGGCAACUACAACAAGGUAGAAAUGCGAGCAAUGAUGAUGGCCGCACGCCUCUGCCUGCUGUAUUCAUCUUCCAGGCGCCCAAUAAUGGAAACUAUACUGAAGCUGUUGGAAGAACCGGAGUACCUGUUUAAGAUGCAAGAGGCAAGAGAUGAGCUCUUUAAUGGCGGAAGUACCGAAGAAGAGACAUAUUUAUGGAGAUAUGAUGAACCAGACGGUGAAGAAAGCACUCUAACGGAAGCUCUUUAAUGGUGGAAGUACUGAAGCAUUCUCUCUUUCCUUUCGAUUUAUCUUCUACUUUGUAUUUUUUUAAUAAGCCUCCGAUCACUUACCGUUGAACUUUGUUCAUGCCGUGGGCUCCUAUUUUGUAUCGUA